CGCUAAGAAGCAACCACUCAGCUUCAACCAGACUCUUAUCCGAGUUAAACAAAGUGCUUCUUCCUUUCAUAUCAUGCUUGUUAUUUUUCUCACUGAGGAGCUGACAAGAGACAAGAGCCCAAGGACAGACAAGAAGACUCAAUAAUAAUUUUGUUACACAGACAGAAAUGCAGUGACUGUGCAGUUUCCUCCUCUGACAGGUUGUGGUAAAAGUCUACGAGGUCAUAUGAAGUGGUGUGGUGUUUUGCACAUACAUGCGUGGUGUUCUGCACAUACAGGACUGCAACGUCUCUGCUGAAAGCUGUGGUGUCUGAACAAAAUAUAAAGAGAAAAAGUCUACCAUGAUGAACUAAGGGCAAUCCAAGCAGAAGUGGCUGAUCAUGUACCUAAGGAUAUGGCCUACUCACCCCAUCUCCGGAGCAUGACGUCACCGGGCAGAGGAAGAAUUUGGGAAGUGAGUGGAAAGCAGACACACUGGUUUAUUCUCGCUUACCUUCUCUUCCUGGCUUUACCCUGCAUGGGCUUCCUCCCCAACUUUUGGUCUCGAGUGUUAACGCUGUCCUGGGACUCACACACACACCAGUACAUCACAGAGCGGGCUAUUGUCAAUGUCACCCUGGAGACUCUGAGGAGCACCAAGAAACACCAGGGAAACCAUGCAGAGGAACAGACCAAACUUGGCCGUGGCUUCUGGAGAGCUGUGGGAGAGGUGGUGAAGUACAAUGUGGACAUGGACUUCCUGAGCUCCACCAGGUCCAACCCGGUGUACCACUUUGAUUCAGAGCGUGUGGACAGCGCCAUGGGGAUGUUACGGCAGAUCUGGGCUCAGACUCUGCUCUCUGUACGGGCCAAAGAGUACCAAAGUGCUCGUCGCAGCUUGGGCCAGCUGUUUCACUCCCUGCAGGACUUCUACAGCCACAGUAACUGGGUUGAGAUGGGCCAGCGCUUCAUUUACCUCCACCUGCUGCAGCCAGAGGAGCCUGCCAUCCCUGUUGCUGAAGAAGACACUCCUACCUGUAUGGAGUGCUUCAGCACCACCUGUCGAAACAACCUCCUGCCAAGAAUGACAACCAGACAGCAAGACACCCAGCUGCUCACUACUGGCUACUUCAGCACUUCUCCUACAAAACCUCAAGGCAAAUGUAGUCAUGGAGGUAUUCUGGACAGCAGUCGCCAUAAGGGGGCCAAAGGGGGCAUCAACAAGGACAGCACCUCACCUCUCUUCUCCCCUCACCAUUAUCUCCAUGUGGAAGCUGCCAAUUUGGCAACUGAAGCCACUCUGAGUGUACUGAGAGACCUCAGAGACACUGUGGGCCAUAAAACCUUUCUCAGGCUCUUCAGUGUGAAGCAGGUCCCUGCAUUGGUGUUUGUCAUGGACACUACAGGCAGCAUGUUUGAGGAGAUCACUGCGGCUCGCUUCAGGGCCCACUCCAUCAUCCAGAGCCGAGCCGGCAGCCCUGGGCAGCCUGGCACCUUUCUACUUGUGCCCUUCCAUGACCCAGAGGUAGGACCAGUGUAUGAGACCGAUGACCCAAACCAGUUUAUGCAGCACAUGGAGAACCUGAUGGCGCUGGGUGGAGGAGAUGAACCAGAGAUGUGCCUCUCUGCUAUUCAGCUGGCGCUCACUCACAGUCCACCACUGUCAGAGAUCUUUGUAUUCACUGAUGCCUCCCCUAAAGAUGCCCACUUGUUUGAUGUGGUGAAGGCCCUCGCACUUGAGAAACAGAGCAAGGUGACUUUUCUCCUAACUGAAGACCCAAACUACACAUCAGAGAGCAAAAGGAAGAGGAGUGGGAGGAAAAGGAGGAGAAGGAGUGAACCUUUGUCCCCUGAUCGUUUCUCUCUCUACUCUUCCCUGUCCUCCCUGUCAGGAGGACUGACAAUAUUCACCACCAACUCUGACAUCCGCAGGGUCUCUACGAUAGUGGAGGAUAUUACAGCUGCUGACAAGGUGACCCUCUUCCAUGUAGAAAGUGACCAAGAGUUGAUGUCCUCCCAUUCCUUCAGAGUUGACAGCUCAGUAAAAAACGUCACACUACAUGUCACUGGCAUCCUGACAGAGUGUAUCCUUACCAGUCCAUCAGAACAAAGCCAGUCUCUGCUGAGCGAGGAGGGCCCUCUGGCAGAGUUGGAACGCUUUGAGGGUCUGUACCGCAUCAGCCUGCUCUCUCCUAUACAGCCAGGCCAGUGGAAACUCCAAGCCAAGAAUGACGGACACCUCACAUUCAAUGUGAUAGGUGACAGCAGUAUAGAUUUCCUGUAUUACUUUGCAACAGUUAACAAUGAGACACACCCAGGUCUGGCCAGAGUGGAGGGUAGUCCAGUAGCAGGUGUUCCUGCCUUUCUGGUACUGACUGUGACAGACCUGGCUCCGGAUGAGGAGCCAUCUUUCAGUCACGUGACGCUGCUGGGAGCUGACAGGGAGAACCUCCAGCAGGUGAUGCUGAACUCGUCCUCCUCUUCAUCAUCCUAUUCUGUAGCGGAGCUGGUGGGAUGGGUGGAGGUUAUUCCCAGAGUCCCCUUUUGUGUUCGACUAACAGGCCGAGACAGCAGAGGUAACAAGCUGGAGAGGGUUUCCACGGAGAUGGUUCAGCCCACUCACGUUCAGAUACAGGUGCUGUCUGUCCCUCGCCUGGUACCCGGUCACAGCACAAUGGUGGACUUUGACAUCCUGAACCAUGGCCCUGCCCGACUCUUCAGUCUGAGUGCCGAUGAUGACUGUGGAUAUCUUCAUAAGAAAGGACCUCACAGGUUCCAUGUUGCCGAACAAGGGUCUUUCCGUGGCCAGGUGGACCUCCUCACUCCUGCCGCAGCUCAGUCAGGAGCUACUGUCACGCUUACACUCACGGUGCACGCUCUUGACUCUCCAGACUCAAAUUACGCAGUGGCCUACUUGACUGUUGUCCCCCCGGAUCCUGACACGUCCCCACCAUCCUGCUCCGCAGCGCGAGUACAGUCUACCUGUCCUUCCAUUUGUAACGAGUCUAGCUGGAGCGUAUCUCUGGUCGUGUCAGACAGGGGGCGCUCUGGGCUCGCUGCCCUCCAGCUACAGAAGGGUGAAGGCAUUCUGACUUUAUUCCACAGUCCCCCACCCACAGAGGACAGCCUGGGAGAGGCCCAGCCCGACCCAGAUCAACAACAGGCACACAGGGACACGACAACCAGUGGAGGCCACCACCAUCACCACCGCCACAAAGCCAGAUUAGAGAAAGGAGAACCACCUUUGAAUGUAUCUGAAUGGGCACCCAGCUCAUCUCAGCCACUGUGGGUGAGGUACACGUCCAGCUGCUGCUCUGCUCGGGCUGAGCUUCUGGUGUGGGACACAGCUGGAAACAUGAAGCGCUGCCAUCUAACAUCUGGCCAGCAGAGGCAGCUAAGAGACAGGAGUAUAGAAACCAAUGGAGCUAGACAGAUUACACUCAGAGGCGUCUUUUCCCUGUUGUUGGUUCUGCUGUGGUCUUCUCUGCUUUAGGUCGAUGUGAUUACAAAUGUUUUGCAGGCCAAACUAAUCUAUGUGUUGAUCACUGGAUUCCAGAUUCUAAAAAAAAUACUAAACUUGUUCCUUUUUGGACGACAGAGACAAAUAAAAUGUAGUUUCAAAUAUCUUUCCCUUAUGCAAGGAAGUCUUUCUUAAGUGCUGAUUUUGUGUUAGCAUAUAGCAACUGUGAUUUAUAAAGAUGGUGCACUGAAUAAAGAAUGAAUGACUGU